AUGGAUAAUGCAUAUAGAUAUAAUGACCAUCCUAGAUUGUCUGAAACCAUCAAAUUGAAAAAUGAACUAGUUGAGGCUCAAGAAGAAAUAAAAGCCCUUGAAAAACAAUUAGCAGAAAGCCAAAUAAAAAAUAAUAAAAAUUCAGGCUUGAUACAUUUGCCACCGAUUUCUGACUCACCGAAAAUUUCAUCAGUUGCGAAGUCUAACCAAAAGAUGCAGACUCAGGUGAAAUUUGUGGAGUGUGAGGAAAAAAGAGAUUUUGAUACCAAUGAGCUUGGGAAAUCUUAUGAUUCGUGAAAAAUGUGGUCGACUUUGCAUAAUAUGGAUAUAUAACUAUUUAUAUAAAUUAAUGCUAAAAAAUAUUAUACUAUUUAUUUUAAUUGAUUUUACAAAACCCUAAAUCUAUAUUCAUAGAAUUGUAUAGAAGAGAUAUCAAAAUGCUUUUCUAGAGUCAUUGCUUCACAAUGUAACCAAAAUUCCAAUCAAAGCCUAGGCCUCAUUCAAGAAAUCACUGUCCCUUUAUAUGAUUAUACUGAAACCAUUCCUGAAGAAAAAACUAUCUAUAAUUACUGCAGAAAUUUAAUGAAUAAAGCACUAAUGGAAAAAGAGUGCCCUAUUUUAGCUUUGAUUUAUAUAGGAAGAUUAAUGGAAAAAGCCAGAAUUGGCUUGAAUAAUUGGAACUGAAAGCGAAUUGUUUUUACUAGUUUGCUAUUAGGAUCCAAAAUUUGGGAUGAUGAGUCUGCUACGAAUGCUACAAUUGCAGAUAACUUUUCAAUGUACACGCUAUCUGAAAUGAAUAAAAUGGAAAGAUCAUUUCUAAUUCUUUUAGAUUAUGAACUUAAUGUUAAAAAGGCAGAUUACGCCAAUGCUUAUUUUUUAUUAAGAAGUUAUACUAACUCCCCCCCCCCCUCCGUGAGCGAACAAAACCCACCCUCCGUGAGUGAACAAAAAUUUUUUUAAUAGAAAAAAUUUUAAUGGAAAAAAAUUUUGAUAUAUAAGUGAUAAUUAGUAUAAUGAAAUCUAGAGCUAAUUCUGUUUAAUUUUAAACAAAUUGCGUUUUAAAACAUAAAUUUUGCAAAUUAAAUUAAUAUUUGCUUCCCAAUUUUUGCAAAUUAGGAUUUUUUUUAAAUUUCGAAAAAAAAUAUUUUUUAUAAAAUUUAUAUAUAAAUGUUUUUUAAAAAAAACAAAUUAACCCCCCUCCGUGAGCGAACAAAAUUUUUUUGUUCGCUCACGGAGGGGGGGGGGGAGUAAGAAAAAAGACAGAAGCUAUCCUUUAAAACCUCUUGAUGUGGACACAGUUCUUAAGUUGCAAAAAAAGUGUGAAAAAGCUGAAAGCGUGGUAAAGGAGUCUUUAUUAAAAUCUGUUUAA